AUGCUGUGGUGGACGCGCGUUUUGCCGUUGCAGCGUGCCGCAGCUGUGGGUGGGCAGCGUUCCUUCGGCACAAGGGGCUCUGCCUUGGCACCCAAACGUGCGGCGCUGGGGAGAGGCAGAAAAAACGCCGCUGCGCCUCACCGCAAGACGUCGUCAUGGGAGACACCGCAGGCGCCAGCUGCGUUGGGCACCGCGCAUCCCGGGACCUCCGCCUCGCUCGGUGGCGCAGGCAACGGAGGUGGGACCGGCAGAAGCGGGAGGGAGAGGCCGGCGGGGGCGGCUUCGGCAAAGAAGAACGGCGGGGAAGUUGUUGACGAGGAAGGAGAGGAGCGGCGUCUUGCGGAGGGUGACACACGACUCGCGAUGCGGUUGCUGAUGCAGCACCACUUUCUCUACCAGCACAAUGUGCGGCGGCCAGAGGAGCAGCGGCUGGAGGAGGAGCGAGAGGUGCUGCGGGAGAAGCACCGCGCACGCAUGGAGCGCAUUGAGGAAAAGACAAGAAAUGCAAUGGAACUCGGCCCGGACGUCUCCGUGGAUGGAAUCUUGCCGCUCUACGGAAGAGGCAAGGCAGCGGCCGCUGCCGCCAAGUCGGCAGCCUCGUGGAUGCGUCUCAACCCAGUGGAGGCGGAGGCCGACGACCGCGAUGUGGAGGAUGACAGCUGCGGCAUAACGGCCGCAUUGCUCACAAAGCCUGACAUGUCAGCCUACGACAUUGAACGCGAUCACCGCAUUCGCAGCGCGGCAGUGCUCGAUGAGGAGCAGAGGCGCCGACGAGAGGAACUAAAUAGCGGUGAGGCGACGAGGAAGUUGUGGUCAAGGGAGGAACUCGAGACGGGAGGAGGUUUGUCACCGCAGCGUGUGGUACAGAGCCAGAUAUUGGAGGACGAAGACCAGGACUUCGCUGUGGAGGCGUAUUCUAGUGACUGCGAUGAAUGA